UCGAUCUGGGCUCAGAUAGCCCUUACUGCAAUAGUCGAAAGAACAUUUAGGCAUUUUGGAUUCCAUUUUGUCGAGGGAGAGAAGGAAGGAAAGGCAAAAAGAAAGAAUGAAAAGAAGAGUCGGCAGCGAAAAAAAUCUCAGGGCUCUUUCACUAAAAUAUCAAAAUGACGCACAUGCAACUGGUAAAGAUAACAAUCAUCGGCAAAUAAAGUCAUCAAAUUACACUUUCAGCUCUCAUUCUUUCAAUCCUCAUUCUUCCAUGGAUUCCUUGAAGUACGUUAAAACCAAUUCUUCCCAAAAAAAUGCACAUCCCAAGAAUAAGGUGUUCACUCUUUUUUGCGUACUUGAUGGUGAACCACUUUCUGCCGUUAUUGACGUUUGGGCGCCCUCCCGCACCAGCGUUUCCCAACUCAAAAGCCUAAUAAGGACAACUGCGAAAAUAAAGUCAAGGUCUAUCGCAUGGGCUGAUGACCUUGACACCAUCGACGACAGCAAGAUGGAUCUUUGGAAAGUUAACAUGUCUUGCGGUGAAGAUGAUUUGCCUGUUCGGCUCACCGACAUUGUAUCAAAGUCUAAAUUGAAUCCUUGCGACAAGCUCUCCAACAUCUUCGAAAAGAGACCUGCAUCUGGCUUCAUACAUAAUCAUUCAAAUUAAAAGGAGCCCAAAUGUAAAUGACUUCAGUAAAAAAAAUGAUCAGCGAAUGGUCUACAGAGGUCGUUGUAAAUAGUAACAAUCAAAGGUGAUCUUAGGUGGAAUCGAAGGUCAAAGGAUACUUUAUUUGGCUAUAACGUAGUGGACUAUUUAU